GAAAGCCGAGCACCCCCCGACUCCACCCUGCAUGUUUGGGGAUGUCCUGGCCCCCCCCAGUUGGCACCGUCCAGAUCAACCUUCUGCCAGCACCGGAGACACAGACAACGCCAGGGAAGCCAGUGACUCCCAUCAAGGCUGAGUCGAUCCUGAGCCGGAAGCCGCCCAUCCAGCCAAAGCCGGUGGUGGUGGCCACCGUCCCGGUGCAGCCCGCGGCCACCCCCAGCCCCACCAUCCUACUGCAGACGGUGCCGGGGGCCCAGCCGCAGCCCCUCAAGCCAGCCAUCACAGUCCCAGCACCGUCUGUCGUCAUCUCCCAGAGCGACCUCCUGCACCUCCCGCUCUCGGGGCUCCUCAAGGUGCAGCCCCCGGGGAAGGAGGGCCCCCCGGCCAGGCUCCCCCCCAGCGCCCCCAAACCCGAGGCCAAAACCAUCGUCCCGGCCCCGAGCCAGCUUGGACCCUGCAACCCAGAGAUUGACGUGAAGGUGCUAAAGCGGCAGCAGCGGAUGAUCAAGAACCGGGAGUCGGCCUGCCAGUCGCGCCGGAAGAAGAAGGAGUACCUGCAGGGGCUGGAGUGCCGCCUGCGGGAGGCGCUGGCUGAGAACGAGCGGCUGCGGCGGGAGAACACCCUGCUGCGGCGCCGGCUGGACUGCGUCCUGGGCGAGAGCAGGGAGCUGAAGUUCAGCCCUGGGAACCGGAAGGUCGUUUGCGUCAUGGUCGUGCUGCUCUUCAUCGCCUUCAACUUCGGGCCCGUCAGCAUCAGCGAGCAGAAGGCCGUGGAGACGGCGCCGCCCAGGCAGGGGGCGGGGGCCGGGCAGAGCCGCCGGCACCUGCUGGGUGUGGUGGAGCAGCCGCCGAAGGAGGAGCCGAGGGAGCUGCGGGAGGAGCUGGCCCCCGCCAGCGUGGGCAAGACCAGGUUCAGGAACCUCACGGCCGCCCUUUCCGGCAUGAAGGACCUGAUGCUGCGGGACCUGGACAAGCUGUUCCUGGCGUCCGACUGCCGCCACUUCAACCGCACGGAGUCGCUCCGGCUGGCGGACGAGCUCAGCGGCUGGGUGCGUCGGCACCAGAUCAACCGCAGGAAGCCCCUGCAGUCCCGCAAGCCACGCACCAAUCAGUCACCCCAGAGGAAGGUGCCCAGCCCGUCGCGAUACGUCCCAGCUAGCCCCCCCGAACGCCCAGAGAGGGACUCGCUGAGCGAGCUGCAGGUCUACCAGCGCCCCGACCGCACGGAGCACCACUUCAUGGACGCCAUCGACCGGCGGGAGGACACGUUCUACGUGGUCUCCUUCCGUAGGGAUCACCUGCUGCUCCCGGCCAUCAGCCACAACAAAACCACCCGGCCCAAGAUGUCGCUGGUGAUGCCAGCCAUGGCGCUGAAUGAGAGCCUGUACAACGCGUCGCGGGGCUUCGAGGUGAUGAUGCAGAUCGACUGCGAGGUGAUGGACACACGGGUGAUCCACAUCAAGAGCUCCACGGUGCCGCCCUCCCUGCGGCGCCCCCCGGCGCCCGACAACCGGACCCAGGCACCCUCAGUGCAGCCCCGCCCGGGCCGAGGCCCCCUGCGCUCCGCCCGGCGCCCCCGCACCUUCUACCUCGGGGAGCAGGGCGAGGGCUAG